AUGGCUCUGCUACGCCGCUACGGCGAGCGCAAGGACAAGUCGGCGGCAGAGUGGCGAGUGAACAUGCGCCCAAUGAUGCCCGGAGAAACGUAUGCAGACUUUGCGGCUGGGCUGCGCGACGUCAUCGGACCUAACAACAUGCAUGAGCGCGUUCUGCUCGCGCAAUUUUAUCGGUGUCUGGAUAAGACCACGCGGAAGCUCGUCCAGCAGGAACCGAAGCCGAAGACGCUGGAAGAGGCCGUGGAGAAGGCCACGGAGAUCGACGACCCGAUGGAUAACGUCGCCCAAGAAAUGUUGAACAGCGGCUUGCCGUGGGCAAAGGCGCCGAGGCCUUACUUGAUAUCGAUGGCUGGAACGACGGGACAGACGAUACCUGGUAUUGGCGGCAUGGGCCUGCCAGCCGGAAUGUUGAGCAACGUGGACACGAGUGAAGGCGUCGUGGGCACGAAGGAAAUGGAGCACGUGGCGCUCUUUACUAACCCUCAAAGUGUCUAUAAUAAGGCGACUGGUACGUGGGAUCCGCCUCCAGGACAUGUCUGGAACGGCAAAUACUGGUAUGAGCCCCGAAAAACGGAGAGGAAGCGAGCGGCCGCGAAGGCGACAACGAGCGGCAGAGCGGCUACUAAGCGACCGGUCAAGACGCGGCCCAAGCACGAGACGGAUGAAUCGAGCGGCGACGAGUCGGACGCCAAACCGCGCAAGAAGUUUAAGGCGGCUGUCAAGCAGGCUGGGGGCGACAAGCGACGCGACGCGACGAGGACGACGGCUGCGACGCGGACGAACAGUACGACGAGCGACACGGGUAGCCGAACAGCGGUGUGUGCUUCCAUUGUGGGCAGCCAGGUCACUGGGCAACGGCGUGCCCCAACGAGCCGAAGUGCUUCGCGUGUCAUCAGACCGGCCACUACGCACGCGCGUGUGUGGUGUAGUACCCCGCGGAAGAAGUGGGCGCGCCGGGCGUCGGAGGAAGAAGGCGCCGGGACGCGAGUGAUGGACUUCGACGCGGCUGAUGGAACGCGACGCGGAUUGAUGGGCGUGACGCAGGGCCAAGCUCGACGGGAAAGUCGGCGUGGGUGA